AUGGCUGCUGCUUUACUUGAUACACACGCUAACUCAUCAUUACUUUCCAUUAUAAAUCAAUGGUGGUGUCCGACAUGUUCCGUCCAAAUGGAAGAUAUUACUCUUUGUGAAAAGUGUCAACAAAUGUUUCAACUAUUGGUAGAAGAUCUUCCUGAUAAUGAUCAAUCGAAAUCAAUCGUAUCGCGUUAUCAAUAUGCACAAAAUGAUAAACCUAAUAAUGAUGAUCAUCAAACACCUUUGAUUAAUUCCGAUCAACAAGCAUCUGAAACAUCUAUGUCAUUAACUGUUCGUGAUCGUCGACAUAAACAUGAAUCCAGUGCUGAAGUUAUAUUUCAAAAAAUAGUUAAAUAUUGUAGAAAGAAUAAGAUACAUUUUAUCGACGAUCAAUUUCCUCAUUCAACACGAUCUAUCGGAUCAGACUCAUUUACACAAGUUUCCAAAUGGUUACAAAUAUCAAACGUUGCUCCAUCAUCCGAUAAUGAUCAUAAAUUACCAUGGACAAUAUUUUCAUCACCAAAACCGAGUGAUAUUCAACAAGGUGUUUUAGGCAAUUGUUGGCUUAUAGCUGCUUUAGCUUUAAUUUCUGAACGAUCUCGUUUACUUGAACAUAUUCUUCUUACAAAAACCGUUAAUAUUGAAGGUGUUUAUUUAGUACGUAUUUGUCACAAUGGUUUAUGGAAAACAAUUAUUGUUGAUGAUUUCUUUCCAUGCACAAAACAUAAUCAUCUUGUCUUUGCUCAAGGCAAACGUCGUCAAUUGUAUGUGCCAUUGAUUGAAAAAGCAUGUGCAAAAUUAUUUGGUUCGUAUGGUGCUCUAAAAAGUGGAAAUAUACUUGAAGGUCUUCAAUUAUUGACUGGAGCACCAUGUGAUUAUAUUGAUCUUAAACCAUCGAAUACUAUAUUUGAUGGUGAUAUUAUCUGGGCUAAACUUUUAUCUGCUUGUGAAUCAAAAUUAUUGAUUGGAACAUCAUCAGGUGACACUGGAGUGAGCUCAGAAGAAUAUGCUCGUGUUCAUAUUCAUAAUAAUCAUGCGUUUUCUGUCCUUACUGCGCAUGCACUCGGCAAUGAAUCACUUCGAUUUGUGCUAGUUCGUGAUCCUCAUUCUUAUUCAAAUUAUCGAGAAGAAUCAAUAACAGAAAGUAUUCGCAAACAAUUACGUUUAAUUAAUCCUGCAGAUCAUGCUACAGGCGCUUUUUGGAUAUCAUGGCCACGAUUUCUUCGUUAUUUUUCAUCAAUAACUAUUUCAACUUAUAAUAGUGAUUAUUUUGAUAUACGUGAACAAUCGAAAUUUACUCGAUCAUCUAUUCAACCUAUUAUAACUUAUCAUUUUCGUGUACCAAAAACAUCGUUGAUUCAUAUAAGUUUAAUACAUCAUCGUCAUGAUCGAACAACACGUAGUUCUCUUACUCAAUCAUUCGUUCUAUGUGAUGCUGACGAAUUAGCAUCGACUGGUAUUGUUGGUAAACGAGAGAGCAUACUGAUAUGUGAACGAGGAGGCUUCAUAUAUUGGACAGGAUCAUUACGAGCUGGUUAUUAUGUACUUAUACCUUUCUCAACUAGUUUCUGGCAAAAUCAUAAAGAAAAUAGAGAUUUUACUCUUGUCAUACAUUCAAAUAUUCAAUUUGAUUUAGUUAAGAAAAAUAAACCGGCAACAUUUCUAGCUGAUUGUUUAAUUUCGGCUAUUAUAAAAAAUUCCAAAAAGAAUCAGGAUAAAGAAGCCAUCUUUUAUACAUCAUCAGAUAAAUUAGGAUCGAAGAUAUUCAUCGUCGAAAAUAUGUCGAUUGAAAAUUUUCUAAGUUUUGACAUGAAUAUACAACUUGCAAAAAACAUUCAUCACUCUCGUUUCAUUGACAUGCCAAAUAAGACUCAUGAUUGCAUUCCACCACGAUAUCGUCAAGUGAUAUUUAUUGCAGAAUGGAUUGAGAAACAUGGAGAAUCGGCCUCUUUGACUUAUGCGUAUUCGUAUAGACAUGAAAAACAAGUAACUGAUCCGCGACCAUUAAUUAACAUUUCUCAAUACGACUUUCACUCACCGCGAGCGUUUUAA